GCCGGAAGGUCCGCGAGCCUCAUGCUGCCACUUCCCUCUCCUGCCGGGAUUUUCUGCCCUACGCUCGCUAGCGCUCACAUUAUCUGGAGGUGGAUGUCGCCUGAGUGCGUUCGAGAUCCAUGCUACCUUACAGCAUACGCGCAAUGGUCUGGGAUGUCGUGAUCGAUGAUCGGAAGCAUCGUCGAUUUUCCAACUGUUUCGUCCUCGUGCACACGCGUUCCUCCCAAUGUCAACGAACAGGCGCAAAUACUCCAGCAAACACGAAAGUCGUGGUUGGAGAGCAAUAUUUGGCAAACUAACGGACCUAAACUAACGGACGUUGAAAGUCUAUCUCGCGGACGCCGUUCUUCCCGAUCGCCCGGAUUGCUGCCUCGCAUACGACUAGACGAUCUCUUCUGCAAUCGUCAACCCACCAUCCCAAACGCGACUCCAACAUCGAGAUAUCAAGACCACCAGAAUGGCAACUCCCGAAGCCCAAGAAGCAGCCGCCAAACAGCGCAUCAUCAAACAUAUGAACGCAGACCAUGCCGACUCCAUCCGUCGCUACAUGGGCGCCUACACUUCUGCUUCGAUGUUCCAAAGCCGCAAGGCGCAGAUGACGGACAUCGAUCUCAGCAGCAUGAAAUUCAGCAAUGGGAGCACAGUCGCCUUCGACCCACCCUUGAAGUCACUCCGCGAGACGCGCGAACGACUUGUGCAAAUGGACAAAGAGGCCCUGAAAACACUUGGCCAGAGUGAUAUCGCCAUUAAGACUUAUAUCCCGCCAUAUGCCAAACUCACCCAUCUGUGGAACUUUUCACAAUGCCUUUUGGUAUACUUCCUCUUACCAAAUGCGGCGAACUUCCAGCCUGGAUCGCUGUUGUAUGAUAAUUUGCUGUUCAUGGUUCCUGCAUUUGCGAGUUUCGUGCUGAGAAUUCGAUGGAUGGUUUUGGGAGUCAUGAUUCCAAUUCAUCUAAUUGAGAGUGGACUCAUGGCGAUGAAGGUGAGCAAGCAUGGGCUAACUCCUCUGGAUGGCCUAUGGUGGGCUUGGGUCGCGAGUUGUUUUGUAGAGGGUUUUACAAGUUUCUGGAGAUUGGAUGAAUGGGUCGAGGGGAAGAAGAGGGAGAAGGAGGCAAAGAAGCACUGA